AUGACUGGUCGUAAAAAUGAAGGAAAGGGAUUUGGAAAAGGAGUAGCCAAUCAUUAUAAUAAAUUGGUGCGUGAUAACAUGAAAGAGUUAAUGCAGCUUGCCAUCCGUCGUUCAGCUCGUCGAGGUGGAGUAAAACGUAUAUCGGGAUUGAUAUACGAAGAGACCAUGGAUAUUUUCAAAAUAUUUUUUGAAAACGUAAUCCGUGACGCUGUCACUUACACCGUACACUCCAAGAGGAAAACCGUCACCGCCAUGGACAUCGUCUAUGCUCUCAAGCGUCAAAGCCGUACUCUAUACGGUUUAGGCGGUUAA